UUCAGUUGCAAAUCAGAAACAAAGACGUUACACAGCCUUAAUUGCACCAUGAAAUUAAAAAUAAUCUGUUUCGUGGUGACUAUGACUUGCGCUGUUCUCGGAAAAGAAGAUGAAGUUACAUUACUGUUCGUGGGAGAUAUUUCCUUUGCUGACCCCAUCAAAUACUAUGUUGACCACAAGUACCAUACGUACAAUGAUACUUUCAAUGACGUGGCUCCUUUCAUCAGAGAAGCGGACAUUUCAGUUGGUAAUUUUGAGUCGCCAUUUGCCAACCAACAUGUUCUUACUCACCUUUACCGAGGAAGAAAAACAGUUUUGCUAUAUGCCAUUCCUAAAGCUGCAUCAGCGCUCAGGUUUGCAGGAUUUGAUGCCGUGACUAUUGCCAACAAUCACUUGAACGAUUUAGGUGGUGUAGGAGCCAAUUUUACCACUAAAGUCCUGGAAAAGACGGGUAUAAAGUAUUUUGGAAUAAGUUUCGGAAAAUAUGACUCCUCUCAGGAACCUCUCAUUAUUAAAAGAGACAGAAUCACUAUCGCAUUCCUCGGUUAUUGUGCAACGCCCUCCUUAAAGAAAAACUGCAGCGAACUGAGGAAGUUGUUCAGCUCGGGUCCCGCCAUUUAUGAAGAUGAUAUCGCUACUAGAGACAUCAGGAGGCUAAAGAAGGUUUAA